CAYAAAUCGUUUUAUUUUGGCGCGUAACAAAUAUACCGAAAGGACGAAAGAACACAAGAACGCUUCACAAAUACGCAUAAAAAGUCAAUAUUCUCAAUAUUAACUAAACAAGGACGUUUUAUGGAACAUCACAAUGGCUUCUUCCAGGAGGUCUGCAAGAUCAAGAAAGCAAGUUGACUAUAGCUUGRCUGAUCCAGAUACACCAGAAGAUAGUGAUGAUGACUUUCAAGACUCUCCUAGUGCACCUCCACCAAAGAAAGCCAAGACAACAUUGAAACAAAAGACUAAACCAAAACAAGAAGAUAAAAAAACAAGCAAAACCAAAUCUGAAAAACCYGCUAGAAAAGAAAGACUUUCCCUAGAGGAAAAGUUAUACAAACGUGAGCUUGAAGCRGCCAUUGAAGCCUCAAUCAAGGAUUCCCAGUCKAGUGAUGAUAAUGUCAUUCAGUUGUCUGAUGGUGAUUYUCCAGUGAAGAAGAAGACAGAAGAUAAGAAAACAAACAAAAUAAUCACUGAUAAAGAGAAUCAACCAGAUGAAAAUAAGGCAGAAGAGCUAAGUGAAGAAUCAGAAGAAACAAAUCAUCAAGAACACAGUGUGCAGUCAAAAUCCCCUGCAGAAAGCACAGGACCAGAUGACUCUAAAAGUGUUUCAGAUAUAAAUGAUGAUGAUGAUGAAUGUGAGGAUGAUUUCAAGGACGAGGAUGCCAGCAUGGAUGAUGAUAGUGAUUAUGAAGAAGAAAAACAGAGAAAAGYCAAAAAAGGAAAAAGAGAAAAAACACCUCGACAAAAAGUAGGAAUAAAGCCCAGAACUAGUGUUACAGUGACGCCAAUAAAGAUGUUAAAAGCUCAAGCAAGAAAGAACAGUUCAUCCAAAGGAAGCAAYAAAUCGGUGUCAUCACUUGACUCUAGCUCUGCUUCUAACUCACCACUAAUUUCCGCAUCAAGAAACAUUCUAACUACGUCAUCGAAUUUUCUCACAACKUCAAACAUCAAAAAAAGUCCUGGACUCAGUCUAAACUCAAGCUUAAAGAUACAGRCAUCAGGAACAYUGAGACUUGGUUUAUCAAGAAAUAUGCGUGUUAAACCACUUCUAUCAAAAGUACCCAAUACACAACACUAGAUGAAAGAAACACAGUUUCAACUAUAAAUAUAACUUCCAUCAAAAAAAUCUCAUUACAACAUGUGCAACACUAAUAAUAGCUAAUAAUAGCUAAAAAUUGUGUUGUACAUCGCAAUGGAUCGGUAUCAAGAAAUUGAGGUCACAGAAAUUCACAUCAAGAAGACAAGGGUACAAAGUGCUGGCAUGCACAGGUUUUUWAAAUAGUCUUAUCCUGGAUAGGAAUGGUAGUCAACUGAAAGUGGAUGCAUGCUCCAAGUAUUUUGCCAUGAAUAUUUAAACCAUAACUACAAUUUAUUAUCAUUGAUYUAUACAACAAAUAUAUGACAGUUUUAUUUCUCAAAUAUUUUACUAUUUUAAGCCUCGGAAACUACAGAACGAUUGUAAAAACUCUUCCUUUAGUGUAAUACAUGCACCAYAUAACCAGUAAGAUUCACUGGAGCCAAUUUUGAAUUGGAAAUGAUGUACAGUGACUGGAAUGUCCAGUGAAUUCAUACUAUGCCUGGACAAAGUGUAUAAUAUUUAUCUAUUCAUAAUAUCACAAGCUGCUUCAUUGCUUCAAGCUGCUGAACUCAUUGUAUCAAAACAAAACAAUUUAUACCAAAUAUAAUGAAUAUACAUCCUUUUACGAUUAAAACUAUGAUUGUGGUUUCUUGCAAAAUGAUGUUCAAUCUUGUUCWCAUGUCAUUGUAAAGCAAAGUAAACGUAAAGCAGGGUUACCCCAGGAGGUCAACUAGUGUAAACUGGAAAAGAAUAUUACUAUGACCAUUAUAUAUACAACAUUCAACUAAAACGUCUAGUAAGUAGCAUAACAAAGGUAUGGUGUAGUAAGCAGUUAUGGGAGUCUACAAAGUUCAAAGUGUUUUAAA